AUGCUUUUCCAGCAGGCCAUUUCUGCGCCAUCACACCUUCUUGGAGGAGCUGUCACUGGUGUGGCCCAGCGUCCAGACUCGAACGGUGCAGAGAUGAAGCAAAUUGUGAUUCUGGGAGGGUCAUUCGCAGGUGUCAGUAUUGCUCAUCGAAUUCUCAAGCAGGCCAAGAACAAGGCAUUCAAAAUCACACUGGUCUCGCCCAACACCCACUUCUAUUGGAAUAUCGCCUCGGUUCGAGCCAUGAUCCAGGGAGAAUUCACCGAUGAUGAGAUGUUCCAGCCUAUCGCUUCUGGAUUUGCUCAAUAUCCCGCGGGUCAAUUUGAAUUCAUCACUGGGACCGCUGAGGAUGUUGACGUUGAUGCUAAGACGGUGGAAAUCUCCCGCCCCCACGACAAGAUCUCACUGCAGUAUGACAUGCUCAUUCUGGCCACUGGAAGUCGAACCAAGGAGCCCCUGCCUCUCAAGGGCGUUGGGUCGACUGAGGAGACAAUGGCAGCUCUUCAUGACCUGCAAGCGCGAGUAAAAAAGGCCAAGACGAUAGUCAUCGCUGGAGCUGGUCCAACGGGGGUUGAAGUCGCUGGAGAAAUUUCAUUUGCGUACAAGGGUGCCAAGGAGGUGACUUUGGUUGCGAGCGGCCCGACGGUCCUACACGAAACCCCGGAAAGCGUGUGGAAAAUUGUGACCAAAGGCCUGCAUGACCUUGGUGUCAAUGUCAAGCCACAGACAAAGGUUCUGGAUGUUCAGAAUUUGGCCAAUGGAGGCCACGAGUUGACACUCUCAGAUGGUAGUCAUUUGAAGGCAGACCUAUACCUGCCAACCCAUGGAUUAGUCGCCAAUUCUUCUUACCUUUCAGAGAAGUUUGUCAAUGCGUAUGGCUUCGUGAAGGUCGAUGAGUAUCUGAGGAUUCCAGGCACCAGCAACAUCUGGGCGGCGGGGGAUGUUUGCGAAGUUGGGGCUUCACAAUUCCUCAGCUGCGACCAGCAGUCAAGCUACGUGGCCGGGGCGAUAGUCAGCAUUCUAAGCAACAAAGUCCCACGGCGAUUCAAAGGGAUGACAACUAGUAAGCGAAUUUAUUUGCGUGCUGGACAGGGACAUCGCUGA